UAUCACCAAAAAAAGAUAAAAUUUAAAAGAUGAUUAAGCUAGGUUGUUCAUAUAACGGUAGAUCACCUGUGGUGGUUGGUUUUAUUUGCGUUACUACUACUAUGAGAGCUAGAAAUAAAAAUGUAACUACUCAAACAAUCACGUAAAGUUUACUAUGGGCUAUACGCAUAAAAACGGUGUUGUAAAAGAUUAGGAGAAUGUUAUUACGUUUAAGUUAUGUGGCGGCACUUGACAGCAAAUACCACCACUCGACAUUAACUAGUGUCGAACGACGGCAGCGCAGUGGUUAGCGCCUUAGGUUACGAACGGUACGGGACCCGGGUUCCGAAUCCCGGCGACCGGAGUCCGAUUUUUCUUCUACGCAUCAAAAGUGGAAGAAAAACAGCAGCGACAUUUACACCCGCAGCAGAACCUUAUCUCAGCCGGCCUUCACACACACCAACCAGCCCCUUAGGCCCCAUCACCGACCUAUUAUACAUCUCAGUUAUAUUACUAUUGCAUACCUACAAUCAGUAAAAUAAAAUCUUUUCGAUUAGUUUUUUUUUAAAUGACCAGGAUGAAAAGGUGAAACUGUGGAAAGUCGAAUGGAAACUGAUGUGUGCAAGCGUGUAUUGAGCAGGCAGAGCUCAAAUGUUGUCCGAAACAUGGCUGUCCGUCCCGUUGUUCGAAGCUAUAUUGUAGGAGUAUCUACAAUCUGAAAACUCCUGACAGAUGUUACAGCAUGUUACAUGGUACACAAAUUGCACAACGAUGCAAUAAUAUCUUGAUUUUUUAUUUACAAACAUUUACGAAAGGACAAAGAGCUGGAUAAGCGCAGAAGGAUCGGUAAGGAAGGGUGAAAGUAGAAAUGAGGAGGGGCAGGUUUGUAGGAGUAGGAGGGGCGCUCCAGUUACUUGGUUCUACCUUCUACCCACGCUCCUGACCCACAAGAAAUCGAGUAGAGGCACCACUUCCUGUCAUAUUCAUGUCAUUUAGCAGCUCUGUCGAUUGCUUGAUAGUGCUUAUUUCCUAUUUCUCUUUUUUUAUCACACGUCAGCUAUAAUUCUUCGAUGAAGUUAACUGCGAAGCUUAUAACCAUCAAUAGGAAACAAGAUAAAUAUUCUGCACUAAUGCAAAACGAAGAUGUUGUAAUCGACGAGACAAUGGUUUCUUGGAGGGGACGACUAACUUUUCGGCAAUACAUACUGACGAAAUCACAUAAGUAUGGUAUAAAACUAUUCAAACUGUGUUCCACCGAAGGUUACACAUGGUUUGCAAAAGUAUAUUCCGGACGAGAUAUCACUGGAAGUAAGCAAGUUGGCACAGCUGAAAACGUCUGCAUUGAAUUUGCAGAUAAAUUGGACGCAUGUCGUUGGAACUGUACGGUACAACAAAAGAACAAUUUCAUAAUGUCGUACCAGUUGAAGAGAGGUGAAAUGAUAACACGAGAAGAUAAGAACGGUAUUGUGAUGCUCAAACGGAGAGAUGUUCGAGAUGUUAGAAUAUUAUCAACAAAACAUGCACCCAUUAUGAUUUCAAGCUCGAAUUCUACAUAUCGCAGACGUCCUCCGAAACAGAAACCUUUGGCGGUAAUUGUAUACAAUAAUGGAAAAACUAGUAUCGACAGAAGUAACCAGAUGGUCUCAUAUGUCACUACGAUACGGAAAAGCAUCGAGUGGUAUCGGAAAUUAGCACUACAUUUACUCUUAGGAACAACUAUGGUAAAUGCUCAUAUUGUGUACCAAACAACCACAAAUAGAAAAAUACGGGAAAAUUUCGGGAAAUUCUCGUUUCCGAAUGGUCCGAUGUGUCCUCAGAAAAUACUGUGCUCGACAACCAUCGAAAGAAAACGAAGAAGGUGUCCCAUCAUUUGGAGAUUCGUAAGAAUCAGCAAGGCAAGCUUGUAAGAAGGAUGUGCGCCCUAUGUUACGAGAAGAUGAGGCAAACUUUCACAUGCCAAGAAGUGAGAAAAAAUGUAAAAAAAAAACUACAACAUAUUGUUCGAAGUGUCCGAAAUCAUCUCAAAUGCGUUUGGAAUAUUUUAACAAAUACCAUGCGACAUAACAUAAUGUAAUAUUUUA